CUUCCCGUUAGUGUUUGCAGUAGGCGGCCAGAGUCCCACUUUGUUGUUUUAGUCAUGAGGAUGGGAAACACUGAACUGUUCUGCGCUCACCUCCUUGGCUUGUAUCUUAUAUUUUCUCAUCCUCAUACUGAGGGCUGUGGGGACUUUGGUUCUCUACCACCAAAACCAAACAUUCAUAAUUUUAGUGACAAUCAGAGCCUUGUAGUGAGCUGGCCAAGGAACAAGGGAGCAUCAGAGAACGACGUUUAUGAGAUCCAAAUCAGCCGCACAAAAAGUCACACCAUUAUCUAUAAUAGUAAUGUGAGCAUAUCUACCGGGGACUCAGGUUGGUCCACUUUCACAUGGAUCUCUGAUUUGCCACUUGAGUGUGUCGAUCACUCAGUCAGGAUACGAAGUUUAUGUCAUCAAACCGCCCCCGGUCCUUGGAGCAACUGGGUGACCAACCAUGGAGCCAGAGCAGCAGAUACAGCACUGAUAUUUCCUUCCGAACGGUUACUGAAAGAGGGAAGCUCUCCCAUGCUCUGCUGUGUUCCCCCAGUGGAUAUAAACGUCAGGUGUAUCACCUUCAGGAAGGACUCCUACCCACUUUUGGACAUUGGAGAUGGGGUUAAGGCUAUUUUAGUGACCAAUCUGACAAUUCCAACCAUCCACAUCAAAAGACUGUUUUUCAGCUGCAUUGAUUCAACUGGAAAGAGCAGCUUAGUUCAGAACUUUGUCAGCUUCCCUCCUCAAAAGCCCAGAAACCUGAACUGCAUAAGCUCAGACAUGAAGAGCAUUACCUGCAUGUGGGACCCCGGGAGGAAACGAGACCAGUCUGACACCAACAACCAGACACACACACUCUUCUUUGAGAACACAGGCCAGGCUAAGAUCCACUGUCAGCCACCAUCUUGUACUUUCCCAGCUGUGCCACAGCAGCAGGAAUACAACAUCCGUCUGGAGGUGAAGGACCAGCUGGGAGAGGAGACGGCGACCUAUAGCUUCAAUAUCUCUGACAGAGUGGUAACCUUGGACUUAUGGAGGAGAAUAAAGUACAGACCUUCAGGCAUUCGUGAUGUCACUCUGCUAUGGAAGCCUCCUGCUUUUGGUACAGCAUCCUCAGUGAAGAUCCAAAGUUAUGCAGUCCAGUGGUCACAGGAAGGUCAAACUGUGACAGAGCUGAAGGACAGCGGCCAGAGUCAGGCAGACAUCCCGAUUGGUCCCAGCAGGUGUAAUUUUACUGUUCAAGCUGUUCUUAGCAUAGGGUCAUUCAUCUCAGCCCACAUCAUCGUCCCACCAAAGGACGACGCAGAAAUCCCUCCAGUGAAGAAGCGCCUGAGCACAACAGCUGAUGGUUUCCAUCUGUGGUGGGAUGAGCAAACUUUGGUCACCUGCGGUCACACUGUGGAGUGGUGCAUCUUGGGAAGCAAAGCAACCUGCAAGCUGCAGUGGAGGAAAGUGCCUGAAGGAAACAACACUUUCUUACCUGCAGGAUAUUUCAAACCAGGUCAGAAAUAUUCAUUCAAUAUUUAUGGAUGCACAGACUAUGGAGACAAACUGCUAGAGACCCAGACUGGAUACAUUCAGGAGCGCAACUCUGUGCAUCCCCCUAGAACAAUUGUACCUAUUAAAAGGACAUAUGCAUCUGUGACACUGGAGUGGCACUUUGAUGAAGAGGAUCCAGCUCAGCCGGCAUUCAUCACUGGUUACCUGAUAGCAGUGCAGGAAGUAAAGACUCAUGCUCAUUUAGGUCAUGCCGCAAUUUCAUUCAAUGUUUCUGUGGAUGAUCCCCGGCAAAAGUCAGUAACCAUUGAGGGUCUGCAGCAGGACCAGGAAUACGUCUGCUCUGUGAGUGCUCUGACUACAGUUGGGCCUGGAUUCCCUGCCAGCAUUACCAUCAGGACCAAAGUUAACUAUUUUUCCCACUUAGCAAAGAUCUUGACACCCAUCCUGCUCCUGCUGGGCUGCACCGUUCUGCUGUGGCCAAAAAGGAAAAUGGUAAAAAAUGGACUGAGGGAGAUAUUUACUUAUCCUGCUGGUAUGAAUAUCAAAACUCCUGAGUUUGAGAGCUUCUUGUUUGAGACUGGUCAGAAGUUGCUGUCUCAAAGGCAGGAAGAGUGCAUCAGCUGUGACGUUGAAGUCUUGACAGUCAAACCUUUGCGGCAUGAAAGUUCAAACCUGAGGGAUCCUGAGAAUACAAACACAACAUGCUCGCCUGCUCCUCAGUCGUCUCUUGCCCCUUCCUGUGUCCCAAUCCUAACAGGCUACCGGCCUCAGUCUGCUGUCCCGCUCUGCCAAACACCCGCCCAUCAGCAACUGGUGUGCAUUGCAAACAAGAGCUACUUGAGCCCCAUCACUGAGUUUAGUGAAAUCAGAUCCAGCUUUGAGAUUUCUGACCACCUCCACGGAUCAUGUGCAGAACGUUAUGGUUACAUCUCUGACAGUUAAUUAACCCUCUCAGGCUCAAAUUACUUUCAAAGACUGGCUAAGUUGUUGCAAAUCUGCAGGGUUAAACGCAAAACAAACAAUAUUGAGCCUUUUUGUUCUCCCGUUCAACAAUAUAAAUACUGCAAAAGUGGAGGCAAAAUGUUGUUGCUGUUGUUUCUAAACCUCAUUUUGUGAUUUCUACCACACUCUUAACAUGCUUUAUUGAUGUGUGUUAGGCAUCAGAAGCUUUCAGACUACGUCAUGGCACAGCAGUGAAAGCAUGCAAAACUGCACGAAACCAACUCACUUUACAGAUCAUAACAAACACAGAGGGAACUAGAAGUUUUAUCUACAGGAUGUAAAGAGAGAGCAGGUAUGAGGAAGGACAGAUGCAAGAUGGAGAUUAGUUACAAGUUUCAAAAACUAGACUGAACUGCCUGGAAAGUGAGAUAUAAUGUGAAAAGUUAAUCUUAAAGACAGGUAAACUUUCUAUUUUUCAGGUCACACAUGGCAAUAAAACAUUUAAACUUUUAGUUGCAGAUUUUAUGCGAUGGUACAUGAAUGCAACGUUCUUCUCAGAAAAGGGUGCAUUGCAUUGAACAGGGAGUCAGUGACUACAGCCAGAGGGAGAAAUGUCCUUUCAAAGUAUGUUUGUGUUGGAAUGGACCAGUCAAAGUCCAGGCCUAAAUCCAAGUGAGAAUGUAUGAGAUUUGAAAAUUGAUGUUCACAGACGGCUCCGUGUCCCAUGUGUUUGAGACUGAGCGGUCUGGUGAAGAAGAACAAAAAAACAUUUUAGUCUGUGCAAAGCUGUUAAAGAGACAGCUUUAACUGCAGUGUGGUUUCACAAAUAUGUGACACUUUGUGUUGGUCUAUCGCUUAAAAUACCACUCAAAUAUCUAAAAGUUUGCUGUAAAUACUUCUGCAGCUAUUGUUCACUGUUUUUGUGUUUCUGAAAUAAGGUAAAAUUGUGUUUUGUGUUCUUUGGAGAAAAUACCAAUGGAAACCUGUUAGAAAAAGAAAAGUUCAAUAGGGAAAGGUCACAACCUCCUGCUUGUUUGUAAAUCUUGUGACGAAGGGCUAAUCAAUUUCAUUGUAAAUAAGCGUAAGUUAAUAUGGAAUAAUAAAGCUAUUGCUCUUUAACUUCUGCUGUGGAGCACCAGGCAACUCGGUAACAAGAUUCUUGUCUUCUAAAAUAACCAACAAGCUGCUGCUCUUGUUUUGUACAAGAAAGGGUUUUGCUGAAAAGCACACAAAGCAGAUUCUCCAGAGCUGUUUCAUUUGUAACUAAUUUCAUUUGAAACCAAUGUUAAAUUUGUGUGCAAAGAACUCCAGCAAAAAAAUAAAACAUAAAACUUUGA